AUGAACAAGAUGAUGACAUUGAACAGCCUUGACGAAGAAAAACAAUUGGUGAAGCAUUUGGCGAUUAUGGAUUCCCUGCUCGCCUGGGGUUUUUCAGGUAUAAUGCAAAAGCUUGUGGAAGUUGAGGAAAAUGGCGGCCAAGAUAAAUCCUUGCUUCUCUUGUUUUUCACUUUCAUCAAAUUUUCAAAGAAGGGCAAGGCUGAAGAUGUCAUCAAGCCUUGCCAGCUUAUGCAUGGUAGACCAACAGUACUAAAUACCUUAUCAAAGAGGAGAUUCAUUCUGUUUGCAACCUCUGAGGAUGAACAGUCAUUCAGUGAACUAGAAGAACCAGAUGAUUUUGAGCCGGAAGAGGAGGGUUCUCUUGCUGAAAAUAACACCUUCGGAAAUAUUUCAUUUGAUCACGCUGAACAAGCUCGGGGAAAACCAGGGAUCAUUUCGUUUUAUGAAUCCACAAUGAAAAUAGAAGAACAAGUUCCUGUUACGAGUCAGAACAACAAACUGUUGUGGCUCGUAGGUCCCACUGUUCUUGUUGCGUCGUUUGUUUUCCCGUCACUUUAUUUGCGGAGAAUACUCUCUUCGAUAUUCGAAGAUUCUUUAGUAACUGACUUUCUAAUACUGUUCUUCACGGAAGCCCUUUUCUACUGUGGAGUUUCUGUUUUUCUCCUCCUGAUCGACCGUUUGAACCGACCUAAGAAAAAGCCAAAACAUGCAGAAAUAAGCCGAGACAUUGUCCCUCACAUGGGGUACCGAGUCUCUUCUGUUGCUGUUUUGGUUCUCAGCAUUAUAAUCCCAACCAUGACAAUGGGUUUUGUUUGGCCGUGGACUGGACCAGCGGCUUCUGCUACUCUAGCACCCUACCUUGUUGGCAUCGUUGUUCAAUUUGCGUUCGAGCAGUAUGCAAAAUAUGUCGAUUCGCCAUCAUGGCCCGCCAUUCCCAUUGUCUUCCAAAUUUACAGGCUGCAUCAAUUGAACAGGGCAGCACAACUAGUUACGGCUCUAUCUUUCACCGUGAGAGGAGCUGAGAUGACCCCACACAAUGUGGCCAUAAAUGGGUCUUUGAGCACUCUUCUAAACGUACUUCAAUUUCUUGGAAUAAUAUCCAUUUGGUCACUCUCGAGUUUCGUCAUGAAAUAUUUGCCGCCCGCCACCAAUUAUCAAUAGAAUGGUCAGACUCUGAAAAAAUGAUGGUAACUGUUUUUUCUUUUUUUUUUUUUUNUUUCAUUAUCUAGUGGUUAAAAUUGAGGCACUUGAAAC